AUGGGUUUAGUUAGGGAGAAAGAUAUUGAAUUCAACAUGAAUACUGAAAUGGGGAGAGUAGAAGAAAUUGAAGAAGACAAAGGUGUGGCCAAAAUCCUAGCCAUUGGCACAGCAAAUCCACCCAAUUUCAUCCUUCAGCAAGACUACCCUGACUUCUACUUCCGGGUCACCAACAGAGAUCACUUGCACUGCUUGAAGCAAAAGUUCAAGCGCAUAUGCGAGAACACAAAGAUAGAGAAACGACAUGUCGUCCACACCGAAGAAUUUCUGAAGCAGAAUUCAGAAACGGGCACGUACCAGGAUCUUCCAUUGGAGACACGACAGAAGCUACCCACGGAGGAGGUAAUCAAACUAGGCAAGGAAGCAGCGUCCAGGGCCAUAAAAGAAUGGGGUCAACCCUCCUCACAAAUCACACAUCUCAUCUUCUACACCUCUUCCUGCUUCGGCACCGUUCCCGGCCCCGACCACCACCUCUGCAAGCUCCUCCAACUCAACUCAACCGUCAACCGCCUCAUGCUCUUUAGCCACGGCUGUCACGCUGGCGGCACCAUUCUCCGCGUCGCCAAAGACAUAGCCGAGAACAAUCCCGCCUCACGCGUUCUGGCUGUGUGUGCUGAAACCAUGCUCUCUGCGUUUCGUGCUCCUUGUGAUUCCAACGUUGAUGCCCUCAUAGGACAGGCUCUGUUCGGCGAUGGUAGUGCCGCUGUGAUCAUUGGUGCGGAUCCUAAACCCUCCGUUGAGCAUCCACUUUUCGACCUCGUGUUGGCUUCGCAAACCACUGUACCUAACACUGAGAACGCGAUCAGAGGAAACCAACGAGAGUUGAGUCUGGUUUACUCUUUGGAUAAGGACAUUCCGAAUAUUGUAGCUAACAAUGUGAAGAAGCUUUUGGUUGAUGAGUUGUGUGCGGUUAUUGGCGAUGUUAUUGAUUGGAAUAACUUGUUUUACGCAAUUCACCCUGGUGGGCCACUAAUUGUGAGUAUGAUUGAAGAGAAGCUUGGAUUGGAGAAGGAGAAGCUGAGGGGGAGUUGGGAAGUGCUGAGGCAAUACGGGAACAUGUGGAGUCCCACUGUGAUUUUUAUCUUGGAUGAGGUGAGGAAGAGGUCCAAGAAAAAAGGGAUGAGAACAACCGGUGAAGGGUUAGAGUGGGGAGUUUUAUUAGGGUUUGGUCCUGGUGUGGCAAUGGAGACCGUGGUGUUACGCAGUUAUCCGUGUUCAUCAUUAGUUAAGAGGGAGUUACAACAGUAG